AUGUACCGUCAUCACGACAGGCUCUUCCCUGGAGUGCCACUGACUAUUGCUGUGCUCUGCGGAUCGUUGUUGGGUAGCGUUAUUGCUGAUGGGAGGAAGGUGGAGUUGCAUUCCUUCACACAGGAGAUGGAUUUCCAUAAAUUCACUUCAAGAUGGGAUGCCAGUGGUACUUGCAUACCACUCCAUAACCACAUCGCGCUCUCGCCCAGAGCCUCCGAUCGAUACGCCGCGCUGUGGCAUAAGUAUCCCCUCCACACUAACAACUUUGAGAUAGAGUUUACAUUAGCAUUGAAGUCACCAGCGAUAGGAGGUGACCCCGUGCAUGAGCAGGGGUUCGCAGUGUGGUACGUUUAUGAGAAUGCAUCGUCCAAGUACAGUGACUUAGUUCAUAUCACUGACGGAACAACAGAUAAGUUGAAUGAUAUGGGUAUGGGUAUGAUGGGCUAUAAGAACAACUUUGACGGAGUUGGUGUGUUUUUCUACCAUAACAAAUUCUCCUCCUCUGGAGAGAUGGAACUCAAGCCAAGUGCGUCAAUCUUGAUCAACGACGGUUUUCAGACGUUCGACAGGAGAAGAGAUUUGCCUUCCGGUCAUGGCUCGUAUUGGAAUUAUCGAGAUACUAAGUUAACUGUGAAGAUUCGAUUCAAGUCUGAUGAUGUGUUAGUGGAGGCUAAGGCGGAAAACCAAGGAUGGGUUAAGCUUAUCGAAUAUAAGAUCGGUGAAAGUAAACACCAUCUGAGACCUGGCGGGUACAUAGGGUUGACGUCUAUGGUGGGCGCUACGCCGAAUCAACCUUCGGAGCGUUCAGAUCUGAUCAACAUAUACGAUUUUCAUGUGACGAAUUACGAUGAUAGGAUGAUGGGGCAAGAACAGAAGGUCAACUACGAAUCAUACAGGGUGUCAGAGCGACAUGAUUUUUUUGAGGGCCAACGUGGUGACGACAAUGGUCGGCAUGCAGAGGCGAUUAAGAAUGUCGUGAGGGCGAGUUAUCGUGUUAUCAUGGAGUUGGAGCCAUUGAGAAGUACAGCUGAGAGAACUAUCUAUGGUUUAUCGACUCGAAUUGAAGAUCUUCUGAAGGAGAUGGAUGAGCUGAAGACGGCCGUUGAGUCGAUUGACGGCGGGACCAUGGCCGAACACUAUCGAUCUAUGCGGGAUGAACUUAUAAAAGUUUCUAGAGAGACUAUGAGAUCUAAUUUUGAGAGAAGACGGAGUCUGGAGGAACUAAGUGAACACGCGGGGAAGCUGGUGCCAAACGGCAACAUGAAUGUCCGCUUUGUCGUGAGCCGAUAG